CUAUAACUUGAUUUCCCCCUUUUUUUAAAGACAUAUAUGGCUAGUUCCUUAUGUGUUUAAACUUAUAUAAGAAUGACUGAUGUAAUUCAUGACGAAGUCGAGAUAGAAGACUUUGAAUUUGACGAAGAAACUGAAACGUAUUAUUACCCUUGUCCUUGCGGAGAUAAGUUUGAAAUAUCACUUGAAGAGUUACAAAGUGGUGAAGAUAUUGCUACCUGCCCAAGUUGUUCAUUACUUGUUAAAGUAAUUUAUGAUCCUGACGAUUUCUUGCUAGAUGAAGCUAAAGAAGUUGGAACGAAUGAAAGCGUGAAACAAACUGCUUAAAAUCAUCUGUACAUCAUAAGUCAUUAGAAGGUGUUUGUUAAAUUCUCUAGUAGCAUGUCUUCUUGUUUUAUUCGAAGUUCUUCACUCAUUUCAUCUUGUCGUCACAUACUAAGAAAAUAUGGAAAAGAUUCAAAACCAAUUAAAAUUUCUAAACAAAAGAGAAAAACGAAUCUGAACCAUAAUACAAAGGCAAGACACCAACGUUUUGAUAAAAUUGAAACUUCAGAUUUUGGAAAUGAAUUUCUUUAUGGGCGAUCUGUUUGUAACCUUGCGCUGUUGUCUUCCCGAAGACCAAUUUUUAAAAUGUUUAUUAAUUCAAAAUGGGAAGUCCAAGAACCAGAGGAUCCCAGGGUUCAAACCUCACUGAAGGAAGCUGAGGAAAGGAAUAUUCCAAUUGAGUUUGUUUCUGUUUCAGAUUUGUUUGAAAUAACGCAGGGGUUUCCACACCAGGGCAUAUGUCUUGAAGUUGGGCAAUUACCUGUUAUCCCAUUAACACAAGAUACUAUAACCAGUUUAAUACAUCAUAAGUUGGAACAAUGUCCAGUAUGGGUUCUUCUAUAUGACAUAAUUGACCCGAUGAACGUUGGAAAUAUUUUGCGGACUUGUCAUUUUCUUGGUGUACAUGCUGUUAUUAUGACGCCUCAAUGUGCCCCUCUAUCUUCGAGUGCAUGUAAAGCUAGCAGUGGUGCUACAGAAAUAAUGCAAAUAUAUUCUGUGAGAAAACCAACGCAAUUUAUACAGGAUAUGUCAGAGAAAAAUUGGGAGAUAUUGGGCACAGAUAUUUUUCGCGAGGAUAAUAAUACUCACUGCCCUGUAUUGGAUGUUGUUGAACACAAAGUUACAAAACCAUCUUUGCUUAUUCUAGGUAGUGAAGGGUCUGGUAUACCUUCUGAUGUAAAAGAAAUUUGCACCAAAUUGUUGACGAUCAAACCUUUAAAAACAAACACUGAAAAUCCUCAACUGUCAGUACCUUGUUUGAAUGUGUCUGCAGCAACAGCGAUUAUAUUGCAUCAAAUAUUGCUCAACAGAAGAUAGUUCAAUUAAAAUAAAUGUGAAAUUCAGUUUUACCAGCGCAAACGGAGUCAUUCAAUUCAGAUUCAGGAGUUAUUUAUCUUUUCUCAUUACUAUUUUUCUGUGCCUUUUAUUGGAUUCACAUUUCUUAUCUUUUAUUUUAGUUUUUUUAAACAAUUUUCUGUAUUUUCUUAUGUGAUCAUGCGUCAAUAAAAGUCACCAAUCAGCUUCAAA